AUGGAGUCUUCCCAAGGCGCCAAGUGGAUCUCCACCGCCGGCAAGACGACGACCAUCGAAACGAUCCUCGGCGAGGGCGGCAUGAACGCGGUGCGACUCCGCCUUUGGACGGCCGGGCAGUACGACUUGAGCUACACAUUGUCCCUGGCCAAGCGCUUCUCCAAGGCGGGCUACAAGAUCUACCUCGACAUGCACUUCUCCGACACGUGGGCCGACCCCACCAAGCAGGCCACGCCCACGUCCUUCAACGCCGCGUCGGUCACCACGCUGGCCGCCAGCGCCAGGGCCUACGUGUCAUCCACACUCAAGUCGUUCACCGCCGCCGGCGUGACGCUCGACAUCGUGUCGCUCGGCAACGAGAUCACCUACGGCUUCAUGUGGCCGACCGGCAAGAUCUCGUCGGGCAACUACGCCAACUUCGCCACGCUCUGGAAGGCGGCGCGUCAGGGCGUGAACGACGCCGUGGCCACCGGCACGCCCAAGCCCAAGGUCAUGAUCCACAUCGACAACGGCUGGAAGUACACGACCGUGUCGAGCUUCUUCAGUGGGCUCUUCGCGACCGGCACGGUGUCUACCAGCGACGUGGACGUGUUCGGGUUCUCGUUCUACCCGUUCUACAACACGGCGGCCACGAUCUCGGCGCUCACGUCGUCGUUGACCCAGAUCGCCAACACGUACAAGAAGCCCAUCUACAUCGCCGAGACCGACUGGCCCACGGAGUGCACCAAGGUCAUGCUCAGCGCCUCGUACCCGAUCAACGCCAAGGGCCAGCGGGAGUGGGUAGUCGCCAUCAUGGGCGUGCUCAAUGGCCUGCCCAACAGUUUGGGCGCCGGUAUUUUCUACUGGGAGCCUGGAUACCUGUCGGUGGCGGGUCUGGGCAGCUCGUGCGAGUCCGCGCUGCUCUUCAGCGUCAACUGGGCCAACUGGCCCGUGACGUACGCCACAGCGCUCUCGUCCGUGUACAUGUUUGCUUAG